GUGUUUUCUUUUUCCGUCGUGUAAAUAUUGGAGUUUCUGUUAAGAACGAAAUUAUCCGUUUUGGAUCGUGUGGGCGAGAAAAGAAUCCUCUUUCAGAAUUUUUUGAACGAGGACUUUAAUUGUGUUGAGCUUUUUAAUAUAUUUAAAAAAAUAUAUUGCUUUUUCAUGCGGUAAAUAUCUCCGUGUAUUCAUUUGCACCUGAUUAAAUAGCUGAAGUCGAACAAAAAGUAUAAAGUUCGAUAACAAUCAAAAUUGUCUCCGCCGAAAUUGCGGCAAAAUUGUGUGAAUUAAAAAAUUAAAUAAUGGAUAAAUAUUUUAAAACUAUUCCAGUGAAAAAUAAAAAUAAUAAGCAAAUAACGUAAGAUAUCAAAAAAAAAAUACAAAAAGUGGGUCUCUCGUGUGCGAUAUUUGCAACAAAUUGUAUUGUCUUUUAAAUAUGUUCCGCAUAUAUCGAAUAAGAUAAAGAAAUAAAAUAUGCAUGAGCUAUAAAUGAAAAUACGAGCAUGAAAUAUUGAAUCCUUUAUCAUUCUCAAAGUGAUAAAAUUCGGUAUCGCAAUAAAAAAUUGGAUUUAAUUUAUGAUACGAAAAAGGAUAACUUCAGUUGAAAUUAUUUCGACAGAAACUGCAACAACAACAUAAUAACAACCUCAACGGCAGCACCACGAGCGAUCAACGAACGACUCUAUCAUUAUUCAAAUGAAUAGACGGAAAAAUUGAAUAAAAAAAAAUACGAGAAAUCAACUGAGAAUGACUCGAUAAAUUAUAAUACAUAUGUAUGUCUCUUUUUGAACCAAAUUACCUCUUUAAAAGACAAAACACACAACGACGACGAGAAAAACAAGAUUGAACGAGGAAGCCUAUAAUUAUCUUUAUGUUACAUAUUCGCAUUUUUCUCGGCGCAGCGAAAGAAAGUGAUUAGUUGAAGUUUGUUUUCUUUUUCUCCAAAGACAUGCGACUUCAUUUUAUGGUGGUGUAAUCAUCAAAUUGAGUAACAACUACUCUCAGUACCACAAUUUAUGAAGUGGAAUUUAAUUAUUCAGUGUCGCAUUUUUUUUUCAUCUUUCUGAGAGCAGUAAAGAAAGAAAAAACUGUCAUAACUUUUGAUAUUAUGUGACAGACGUAUUAAUUGGAGGAAUAUUUAUUGAAGUACAAGUGUAUAAUAAUGAAAAAGUGAACUGUUUUCCUAUCUAAAAAAAAUGAAGUGGAAAAAGAAAGGUCAGGCACCAGGCCCAAAACAAUCGAUAACCAGUACAACAUCAAUGUCCUUUCUCACGGAUGAGAAUUUGACGUUUCAUCGAUUUUCUGACGGAACAAUUUCCUUCGAUUCGAUGCGGAAGAAAUCAUCAAUGGGUAUUCCGCCGCUGGAGGUGACCUCAUACGUAGACAAUGUCGUACCCUCGUCCGAGAAGAAACCACGAUUAAUUUUACGCGAAUACAGUGAUGCCAGCAACUACGCAUCGCUCGUGCGAAAUCAUCCAAAUAACGAUCCAAAGGCACUAACGACCCCCCUCAAUGGCGGACCCGUUUGGACAACACAAACCUCAGAGUCGCUGAACAGUUGUUACACAAAUGCCGCCGCAUUGACACUCACAGACGAAUCUCUCUCGAACGACUUUACCUACAUGUCGGGCAACAAUGCGACGGUAAAUAGUUCAACGGGCAUGCUUGGCAACGGGUCAUCGACCAUGAAGUUGGUCAAUACGACAAGCAUGGAAUAUGGCGGUAACGGUGGCACUGGCGAGCAAGACAAGGAUACUAAACAGACACGAUGUUCAAUAUUCCGCGGUGUCAUUUUGUGUUUGUGCUUGAACUUAACGUACGCCAACAUUGUUCGGCUGCCACGUGAGCUACAUCGUGAUGGCUUCAUAUUCUUGGUUCCUUAUUUGACACUCUUGUUCUUUGUUGGUCUACCAGUUGUCCUACUAGAGAUGUCAUUAGGACAAUUUUUGGGCCAGGGAUCUGCUUUUACGUGGAGAGCUUCGCCAUUUUUCAAAGGUGCUGCAAUCACCGGGCGUUUUGCAGCGUGGUUGGCAACUAUUUUCAUCUCGAUGCAGUCCGUUUUAGCGCUACUUUACAUUGGAUGGUUGUCAUUUAAAGAAAUGCCAUUUAAGGAGUGUGCAUCGGUAAUACAAGGUGACACAGGAUAUCAGCUACAAGGAAUUAGUGGGCAAAAUUGUUUGCACCAAACAUUUUUGACACCCGUAUGGAAAAAUUCAAUGUUUUUCGGAUUUCUAGCGUUAGGAUUGAUAUUUUUAUGGAUUAUCACAAUGUUAAGCACACACAGUUCCAAAGCUAAUCGCCGAAUGAUCUUUUUUCUGGGCUUCUGUACCAUGGUCCUUCUUGUGUUCCAGACAGGAUGGGACGUCACAAGGUCAAUCAAUGAGCAAAAAUUUCCCCAAUUGUGGCCGUUCAACCAUAAGUUAUUGGCUGAAAGUACAAUAUGGUUCAAUGCCCUGGUACAAGUAGUAUUUUCCCUGAAUAUUGGUGUUGGAGCACUUCCUGUUUUGACAGGGAAAUUUCUGUACAAGGGAGACGCAGUGAAAACAAGCUUCGUUUACCUUUGCUUUAAUCUACUAGUCACCGCCAUAUCCAUCGUCUUUUACAUGAUGCAGUUUACAAAUUCCAAGCAAGAGAUGCCUCAAUUAAUUUAUCCUGAACUCAGCACUAUCACAACGAUUUAUGACAGAGCUCUAGAUGAAAAAGAUGCACUUCUAUCCAGAUUGAUUCCGGGCUUGGCUUAUCUCAUGAUCUUCUUGUCAUCCCUUACAACUUUAGUUAUUCUCAUUUAUACUUCGUCGCGCAUGGUUCGUCGACAUCCCAACUAUACGAUGUGCUUGGCUGCAUUAGUUCUCGCCAUCAUUGGUCUUUUGUGUCCCGAACAUGUGUUUCCAUCAAUUUUGGAUGCCAGAAUUGUCGGUUCUAUCAUUGUCGGUGCCAUGGCAUUCGAUAUUAUGUCAAUUACAUGGGUUUACGGCUUCAAGAAUUUGUACACGGACUUGGAGUUUUCCAUUGGACGUCCAAUUUUGAAAAUUUGGUUGCUAUUUUGGCUGAUAGCUCCAGUAAUCCUUAUGGGAUUGCUGAUUUGGUGGGCGAUAACUUAUGUCAGCAGAGAGCCAGUCGUGGACUUCAUCCCACGAUGGUUACCAAUUGUUAUCGCGUUGGCCUUCAUUGUAAUCCUAGCAUGCAUUGAAGUUUCGAAACAAGUCGAUUACAAUGUUUUUAACAUGAUUGUUGAAGCGACUCGUCCGUCUAAGGACUGGGGUCCGGGAGAUCCGCUAGUCCGUCAUUCUUGGAAACAGUGGAAGAGUGUGUGCGAGGACACGGGAGAGCGAGACUUUACCUUAAGACGACGCGGAACCAAGGACUACACAAAUUCCAUCAAAAAAGGCCAAUAUACACACGCAGGAAAAUAUGGCACUGCAAACCGACCAAAUGGCAUAGGAAAAAAUUCUAAAGCUAGCACACCAGGGACGACUGGUGGAAGUAAUUCACCAAAUUGCAGUGGAUCUGUAUUUGGUGAUUCGGCUAUUGAGGAAGACAUGAGUGAUAGAUAUCCAAAUGGAAAUUACAAAAUGGGUAAUGGCACGGAUCACUAUGGGUCUACACCGCGUACCUCAAACAACACAUCUCGCAAGUCGAGCGCCAACAAUGGCCAACGAAAACAAUUCCUCGAGCCAAAAGAUACACGUCUCCCGUACUCUAAUCGUCGUCUCUCUGUGGAAAAGGUAGAACCAUCCUACACUUCCCGCAUAGAAAUUACUCCGCCCGAUCCGCCGAUACGUGCAAGAAAUCCCCUUGCGCGUUCCGAGAGUUUCCAACCGACAAUUCUUCCGCCUCCUGUUCCUCCACCACCCGCUGAAUUUAUCUCAAGUUAUGGGCCAAAUUUCCAAAGAAACAUUUACAUUAGUAGCAGUGGCUCGACUUCCACCGCACAACAACCAAGCACUUCAGCUACUUCAAUUGACAACAGUACUGGAACUAUAGAAAGACUGAAUUGGCGACGCCAAGGACCCACAAAGUUACGACAUGACGAUGAAUUUUCAACGGAAUUGUAAAUUAUUAACUAGAAAGUCAUUAAGCUAAUAUUAUUAUUAUUACAGCAUCACACAAAUAAUUACCCUUUUAGAAUUAUGUUUUUUUUAGUUAAAUAUAAUAAAUAAAUUGAAUUGUGAAUUAGGAAGCUCAAAUUGUAAACGAAUAAAAAAACACAUGAAAUCAAAGAAAAAGUAGAUGUAACAAAAAGUAAAUAAAUUGAAUAUUGAAAUGAAAAAGUGAAACUGCUCUAGGCGAUAAGGAUGAUGAUUAUAAUUGUUAUUAGUUAAUAUAUAAAAGUUAUUGAAAGCAACGCAUGUGUAAAGUUAAAAAGAAAUAAAUUAAUGAAGUCGAAAAAAA